AUGGGUAAACGGAGCAAGGCAUUCGACGAGAUUGCCGCUUUGGCAGAACAGCGAAUCAUGAUUAUAGAUGGUGCUAUGGGAACAAUGAUUCAACGAGAGCAUCUAGAAGAGAAGGAUUUUCGAGAUGAAAUCCAUAAACUCUACCUGGAUGCUGGUGCAGAUUUUAUCGAGACUAAUACCUUUUCUGGUACGACGAUAGCCCAAGCCGAUUAUGGAACGGAGCAUUUAGUUCAUGAGAUCAAUUAUCAAUCAGCUCUGAUAGCUAGACGAGCAUGUGAUACUGUAGAAUUAGAGACAGAUAGAAAGUGUUUUGUAUGUGGAUCAAUUGGACCGACAAAUAAAACAUUAUCGAUUUCACCGUCAGUGGAAAAGCCAGAAAUGAGGAAUAUAAGUAAGUUUUGA